AUGGCAAUGUUCAACUCCAGAGCGACUAAGCCAGACACCUUCCAUCAUGUAAUGAAGAUCGCCUGGGAUGUGGGAAAGGGAGAUGGUAGGAGAACUGUCAUGUACGAGUCUAUGAGCAUGGCUGUGCACAAGAAUGAUCUAGAGCUGGUCGAAGUCAAAGUGCCAGAAUUCAACAUCAUUGAAUUGGUAUCCAUGGAGAAGGGUUUCAAGGGACUCGUGGCAGUUGAGCUGAGGAGUUAUAUCGGGACAAACCCUAUUGUACAGCGUGUCUGGAGAGCGGCCAGUGUAAGCAGUGAGACGGAACAGAUUCUGUUGUACCCCUUGGCCAGAUUAAUGUACAGGUUGGAGUUCUUUUCGAACGUGCUGUGCUGGGCAACAGAGGCAUCUUCACUGCUGCCGUAA